UUUAUUUCUGUACCUAAAACUGAAAUCAGAUGUAUUAAAUGGACUAAUAGCUUAUAUACAUUUUUACAGGUUUGGACCUGAGAUUUUUUUUCAGAGCUUUUUACCUCUUUAGAGUUGAAAAGGAAGAUGAAUUUAGUUUAAACAAAGUGAAAGUGCUGUUUAUUCCUUGUUCAUCCCAGCACAGUCUGCACUCUGUUGAAAAAUUGAGGUUUUGUUUUCUAGAAGUUGUAACAGUGUUUCUGCUAACACUGUACUGAUGCAAUGCAUGCUAUGGCAGCUUCACAGGUGGAGUAUGAGUAACAAGAAAGUAAGCAAGCCUGCUGCUGCUUAAGGAAAAAGGAAUUAGACCUUUUCUGCUUCCAAAAGAAAUCAACUCUCAAGAUUUUCAAUCAGUGCGGAGCAAAUUGAGGGAUAUAGUGGGAGCAUCUACCAACUGGAGGGAUCAUGUGCAAGCAAUGCAAGAAAGAAAAGCUCUCCAUACUUUACUGGCAAAACGGCAGGAAGAUCUCCCUCCUAGGAGAAUGAAGGAUAGCUACUUGGAAGUUAUUCUACCUCUAGGAAGUCAGCCUGAAAUAAGAGAAAAGUAUCUGAAUGUACACAACAGCGUGAGGUUUGGAAGGAUACUUGAAGAUCUUGACAGUUUAGGAGUUCUUAUUUGCUACACUCACACCAAGCAGGAAAUGCAGCAAAGGUCUCCUUUAUCCAUAGUUACAGCUCUGGUGGAUAAAAUCAAUUUGUGCCAGAAGAUUAUACAUCCAGACUGCGACAUCAAAUUCACAGGCAAUGUUUCCUGGGUUGGGAAAACCUCCAUGGAAGUGAAGAUGCACAUGCUGCAGCUGCAUGAUGGUGAUUACAGCCCUGUGUUAGAUGCAACUUUUGUCAUGGUGGCCCGGGACCCAGAGAAUAAACGGCCAGCAUUUGUUAAUCCACUCAUUCCUGAGAGCCCUGAGGAGGAAAAAAUCUUCAAGCAAGGGGAAUUGAACAAGUUGAAGAGGAUUGAAUUCAGCACUGCUUCCUUACUGAAAAUGGCUCCCACUGCAGAAGAAAGAAACAUUGUGCAUGACAUAUUCCUUAAUACACUGGACACAAGGACGGUGAGUUUCCGCAGUCGUAAAUUACCACCCAAUUCAGUGUGGAUGGAAGAUGCAAAGCUAAAAGGCCUACAGAUUUGCCAUCCUGAGGAACGGAACAUCUUCAAUAGGAUCUUUGGGGGUUUUCUCAUGAGAAAGGCAUUUGAACUGGGAUGGGCAACUGCUUGCAGCUAUGGGGGUUCCAGACCCUUUAUUGUAUCUGUUGACGAUAUCAUGUUUCAGAAGCCAGUUGAAGUUGGGUCCUUACUAUUGCUUUCUGGACAGGUCUGUUACACAGAAAAAAACUACAUCCAGAUUCGAGUACACAGUGAAGUGUACAAUGCAAAUACCAGAGAGCACCAUACUACCAAUAUUUUCCAUUUUACAUUUAUAUCAGAAAAUGAAGUCCCACAAGUUGUACCUAAGACAUAUGGAGAGUCCAUGUUGUUUUUAGAUGGGAAGCGACACUUUACUGCAGUCAUGAAAGAAAUCUGACAGGCACUGGGUAGUGCAGCAGCAUGCUGUCUUGGCAAGAGCUGUCACCAGAGGUAGCUAAUGGACAGACACUUGUAAUACACCAAGAAAAACCCAACAACCACCCCAAACCAACCAAACCCAAACUCCACACCAAAACCUGCUUUUUUCAGUACUCUUCAUGUAUUUGGGUGUUUUUUUUUCUUUACUACUAGGAUUUGUUGAAAUUUUUUACAUGCCAAUGCCAGGAAAAGAGGCUGAAAAAAAUAUAGUUUUAGGCUUUGGAUAGACUCUCUUUGUCUUCUUUGAGAGAUUUCAUUACCACCUUUGCUGUCUUGUCACCAUCUGCUGCCUUUCCCUUUGCAGCUCUCCUUUGUGUUUCCCUGGUAAGGGAUAGAAGUUCUGUCAGAAAAAGGUGUGCAAUAAGCAGAUGCACACAGGUGAAGCAAAUUGACCUACGAUCUUGUGUAAAUUAGGUUAAGGGUGAUAAGUCUUCUUUGAAGAAAGACACAUGCAUCUGUGCAGGAGCAGAGGCUCAGGAGUUACUAGUGUGUGCACAGUGGAAAGCAGGUGUUUCCCAUCACUGGGGAUUUUACAAGGUUAUUGCAGCUUCUGUUUGGUUGGUUUCUUGUUUCAUUGGGAGGAAACUGAUUUUUGCAAUGAAAUGAGGUGACUAGAUGGUAUUUUCUGGCACUUUGUGUCCUUGCCAGCCUCUUCUAGCUUUUUGUUUGUUUUAACAUGUAACUGUGAGUUCCUUAGUGAAUUACUUCUCAUGGCUUGGAGACUGGAGGUCUGAUUGGUGAGACUGGCUGGGACUGGGAAAUGGUGUGUAGAACAGAACAUUUUGGUUUAUUAAGGGCUGGGAACAAAAAAGGUAAAAUGCUGCCCACGUGGUAAUGGUGAUGUUUGGUGCUGCAGUUAGGGGUCCUGAGAAUCUGUGUUGAGCAACUCUCAGGUCAGCUGCUGAAUGAUGGGAGGAUCUUUAUCCCACUGAUGGGUGAUACAGCUAGAGGACAGUCUCCUCCUCAGCUGGAUUAUUUAUCUGUUCCCUUGGUAGACUGUAGUGCAGUGUGAGUAUUGCACAGCUCUACAGGUUUACCUUUGAAGGACAGAGAACGUCCCCAACACAGGGGACACCAUGGUGGGUGGCCACAGCUAUGGCAAGUAAAUAACAGAAACAGAGUACUUGAUACUGAAGUGCUUCCGCUGUAAUGGAGAAAGUUUUAAUAAUCUCCAAUUUCUGGCACAUAAAGCCCAAAUUCUUGAAAUCAGAAAGCUGAGUGGAUGGGACGCAUCAGCUUUUAGCAAUGAGUAUGUCACAAGCAUGAAACUGGAACCUUCACAUCAAGAUUGAUGUCCUAACUGAUCAAGACACCCAAAGAGGAGUUGGGCUCAGGGGUUACGUGGAUGAAAUGUGAUAUCUUACAAUACACAAGAACAGAUUCUGGCUUCCCUGUGGGGUUUAAAACCUUUGGAAAAGAGGAUUCAUCAAAUAGAAAUUAUGUUAAUCAGCACAGAUGCAUGGAACACAGUGAUAAAAUAAAGCAGCAUGUUCAGCUUUUACUUCUGAGUAAGAAAGUCUGAGACAGUUCUAAUUAGGAGCAGUUUCCUUUGGUGCUAGGAUGGCAUGAAGUUCAUGUUCCCUAGCAGCUCUUUGCUAUUCCUGUGAGGAAUUGUAAUUGAGCAUUGUAAUAAUCAGCAUGUUACACAUCAACCUUUCCUUCUUAAGAUUCAGCUGCUGUAUUGGACGAGUUAGAUGGCUUUCCAGAGGAGACACAGGGCUGUGGCCUGAUCCAGAGCAGAUCCAUGCAUUGCCCUGAUGGUAAGCUCUUGGUUCCUUCCAUAGAAUUUCUCUCUUCAGCCACACUCCAGUGCUGACUCAACUCUUAUGACGUUAAAAUCUUUUUCUUUAAUGGUUAUGAUGCUGCGGAGAGAAAUUGUAUUUUCUGUAUUUUUCCUUUUUAAAACUGACUCGAUUAGACUGACCACACAAAUAGAGAACUGAAAUUGUAUCUCAGAUUCUUCCACCUUGUAGCGGGGAUCAAUGUUGACUGUUAUAAAAUAAAUAGGAAAGCAGGAAAUGAAAAGAUCAAUUUCAGAAUUAUGUUUUACUCCUGAGUACCUGCAAGUUUUUAUCACUGAUCCAGUCAUCCUACCUGGAUCAUUUUUUUAUGACACAUAUAAGUUAAGGGGAUACCAAAUUCAUGCUCUACUGACUUUUCAGCUGCAUUUAAAGAUGAACUUACCAUAAUUUAGCCUUUGGGAAGGGGCUGGAGAGGAGAGGAGAAGAAGAGGUAAUAGAGUAUGGAGGAAGGUGUGACAUAGGACCUCUGGACACAGUGAAGAAAAUGAAUGCCACAAAUGAAGAUGUGCAGAAGAAUUGAUGUGUUCUCAAAGUUCAUGAUAACUUAAUCACAUACCACAGUGACAGUAGUUACAGAAUGUAUGUACAGCCAUACAGAAUGUGUGUGUGUAUAUAGAUACAUAUGUAAAAGAUACACACUUUUCUGUUUAUUGCUAUAUAUAUAUGUACUCAUGUAUUUUUUACUCUGAGAUGGUGACUGCAAGCUGUCACCCUCUCUGGUAUCUUUGUUCAAGGGUAUGCAUGCUGCUUUGUGCCUUUGUGUGUGUGAGAGAAAAAUGUUCUCAGACCUCACAGUUAGAAUUAAAAUAUUUCAACAUAGUAA